AGAUUUGAAGGAAAACACUGUUACCUUAAGUCUAUAUUGAAAUCAGGAGGAAAUUUCAAAAAUCCUCUGAAAACAGCAGCUGAAAAAAUUAGUCUUUUGUCAGCAUACCACUUAUCCGGACAAAAGUUUUUCAAUCCAGAAGUAGUUACUGGUAAUACAACUCCAAUCCAUAGAUCUUUAAUUAAAGCACAACUAUUAAAUAAUUUAGAUCAUAUAAAUACGAAACAAAGUUUCUAUACACAGUGUAAAAAUAUCAAGAUGAACUAGUAUGAACUGCAAGAAAAACCAUGUUCUGAUUUCAAAAGAGCAUAAAGCAUUUGUUGAAGUACAGAGUAUAUGGAUUGUGGAUGAGCCAUAUUUUUGGUGCCAAUAUAAUGAACAUGUAUAUAAUGCACAUUUGCACUUUUGCAUUUUGUGACUUGGAACAUAUAGAAGAGAUUGAAAACUUUUGUCGCAUAAAAGUAUUAGAUUUGGAUGAUGUAGCUUCUAAAAGUAAUUCAUCUCCAGAGCCAUCUACCAAUAUUAUUAGUCAUAUUGAGAUGAGCAUCCUCAACAAAAAUAAUUUAAGAAAAAAGCCCUGGAGAAAUGGACUUGAUUUUGAAAUUUCAAAAGACUCUUUUUCUGUCAUUUCACGAAAUGAAUUGCAAAAAGCAGAGACUGAAUAUAAUAGUUCUUUAAAACUGCACAAGGCAUCUCAUAAACUCAAACGUGAAAUAUUGGACAUAUUAUCUAAAGAACUAUCUGAUUACAGUUUAUAUCCAACAGACGAAAUGUACGCAAAUGUUACUAAAAAACUCAUUAAAAAUUUCCCAUCCUUACAAGAUCCCAUAGUAGGUGAUGGCAUUUCCUGCUGGAAAAUAGCACUCAAGUACCGCAUGCAGGAGAUCAGAAGGAAAUGUAAAUGUAAUGAAACAUCAAUUAAUUCUGGCAAACGAUCAAGAAGCAUCACUUUGCAAUUAGAUCUCAACGCCAAUAAAUCCCCGUUGCAAAAUGGUGGUAUUAAGAAAGCGAGACGCGGGGAAGUUAAUUAUGCUCCAGACUUUCCUGAUGGCGAAAAUGAAUCCACUCUGCAACAACAUCAGGAGCAAAUGAACAGAGAAUGGAUGAAAAAGGACUUCAACAGGAUAUUUAUAAAUCAAAAAAUGGAAGUUACUUUUUCUUUCAGAAGACAACAGAUAAUAUCCAGAAUUAAAAUGAGUGAGAUAAAAGAACAGUGGCCAGCAUUAUUUACACCAGAUCAACUGACUAGAGAGAUGAUUCGUCUGAUUGGCUUUGAUAUCGAACCAAAAGUUAAAAGUAAUCUUUGCAACCGAGGUUUCUUAGAAAUUGUACAAAGAAGAAUGAAAACACGAAAUAUAACUGCAGAAACUGCACUGAAGUUUAUUCCAAAAUUUUUCCACGAAAAAUGGUCUUUCUUUGUUACAGAGGAUGAACUUAACCCUCAGAUGAAUGUCAGUGAAGCUGCAACUGAACCAUUGCCUCCACACCCAGUGCUCAUAGAGAUGGCUGGGCGUUGGGCGAUCUCAUGUGAAGGAGACUUACUGAUGCAGAAUUUGGAAUUCAUUGAUGCAGUUAUCAACUUAAUAAUGACAUAUUAUGCAUGUGAUAUGGAAUAUCACGAAUGUGGUGUUAAGUCAAUGCUAUUCCUGCAAGUAGGAUUAGCAGAAAUUUCUUCUUCUGUUAAAAUCCCACCAGUUGUAAGGAAAAUUAUAACUGAAAUGAAAUUAAACAAAUAAAUAUUUGUAAAUCUAAUAGAUGCUGUUAAUAAAUUUAUGUAUGCUUUAAAGUCAUCUAUGCUUUUUAAUUAAAAAUUAACAUUUUGACAGAAAUAAUCUCUUUUUUGAUAUAAUUUUAAAUAUAUUAUGGUGUAUUCAACUUAUUAUUUUUAUGAAUAUUUUUAAUAUUAUUGCAGUUACUAGAAGAUAUUUCUUACCCCAUAUAUGGUUCAUUAACUUUUCAUUUUAUUUACGUUUGCUCAUCGUUUAAUUUCAGUCAUUUUAUGAAUGUGCACUAAAUUGCAGAUUUUUAUUUUAAAAAAUGAAAAAGGAUUAAACUGAAACAGGUAAAAAGGUCCACCUUUUCUUCGUUGAUUUUGCCACCUGAAAAUUAAAAAUUGCAUACGCAAUGUACACUAUUUUUCAUAUUAUUUGAAUAAAUAAUGUAGUUGUGAUGAAAAUUAAGUUUUCAUACACACAAUAUAUAUGCUGUUUUUACUAAUUUGUUUGUGAAUAAUGUCAGUAAAAAUU